CUGUGUGUGUGGGAAGGUUGGCCAGAGAGGAAUGCUGGGAGACUGACAGUGGCUCAUCAAGCGAGGGCCAGAGGUUGCUCAGCUCCGGGACAGAGAGAAAACACUGGCGCUGGCAGGUGGCAGCUAAGGGCCAAAGGAAUAGCAGCAAGGGACACCGACGCUGCCGGGCCCCAUGGCUCAGAUGGCCCCGGAGGACAGAGGGCUGCAGACCAGGGCUGCUCCCCAGGAUGCCUCGGGCCUGCAGGACAGCUUGUUCUCCUCGGAGAGUGACAACAGCCUGUACUUCACCUACAGUGGCCCGUCCAACACCUUGGAGGUCCAGGGCCUCAGCUACCAGGUGGACGCGGCCUCCCAGGUGCCUUGGUUUGAGCAGCUGGCUCAGUUUAAGAUGCCCUGGGCCUCUCACAAGGACUCCUGUGAGCUGGGCAUCCAGAACCUGAGCUUCAAAGUGAGGAGUGGGCAGAUGCUGGCCAUCAUAGGGAGCUCAGGUUGUGGGAGAGCCUCUUUGCUGGACGUGAUCACUGGGCGAGGCCACGGUGGCAAAAUUAAGUCGGGUCAAAUCUGGAUCAACGGGCAGCCCAGCACGCCCCAGUUGGUGAGGAAGUCUGUGGCCCACGUGCGCCAGCACGACCAGCUGCUCCCCAACCUGACUGUCCGCGAGACCUUGGCUUUCGUGGCCCAGCUGCGCCUGCCCAGAACCUUCUCCCAGGCCCAGCGUGACAAAAGGGUGGACGACGUGAUCGCGGAGCUGCGGCUGCGGCAGUGCGCCAACACGCGCGUGGGGAACACCUACGUGCGGGGGGUGUCGGGGGGCGAGCGGCGGAGAGUCAGCAUCGGGGUGCAGCUUCUGUGGAACCCAGGAAUCCUCAUUCUGGAUGAGCCCACCUCGGGGCUCGACAGCUUCACGGCCCACAACCUGGUGAAGACCCUGUCCCGGCUGGCCAAGGGCAACAGGCUGGUGCUCAUCUCCCUGCACCAGCCACGCUCCGACAUCUUCCAGCUGUUCGACCUGGUCCUCCUGAUGGCAUCGGGUAUCACCAUCUACCUGGGGGCGGCCCAGCACAUGGUCCAGUACUUCACCGCCAUCGGCCACCCCUGUCCUCGCUACAGCAACCCCGCUGACUUCUACGUGGACCUGACCAGCAUAGACAGGCAGAGCGGAGAGCGGGAAGCGGCCACCAGGGAGAAGGCCCGGUCCCUUGCAGCCUUGUUUCAGGAAAAAGUGCGCGACUUUGACGACUGUCUGUGGAGAGCGGAGGCCAGGGACUCUGGUUCCAAGAGCCUGGUCCUCCCACGUGACCCCGACCACCUCUCGACGCCCACCCGGCUGCCCGGCCCCGUGCAGCAGUUUACCACGCUGAUCCGGCGUCAGAUUGCCAACGACUUCCGAGACCUACCAACCCUUCUCAUCCACGGGGCGGAGGCCUGCCUGAUGUCCCUGGUCAUCGGAUUCCUCUAUUACGGCCACGGGACCAUCAAGCUCUCCUUCACGGACACGGCGGCCCUCUUGUUCAUGAUCGGAGCUCUCAUCCCUUUCAACGUGGUCCUGGAUGUCAUUGCCAAAUGUCACUCGGAGAGGGCGAUGCUUUACUACGAGCUGGAGGACGGGCUGUACACUGCCGGCCCCUAUUUCUUUGCCAAGAUCCUCGGGGAGCUCCCGGAGCACUGUGCCUACAUCCUCAUCUAUGGGAUGCCCACCUACUGGCUGGCCAACCUGCGCCCGAGCCCCGAGCCCUUCCUGCUGCACUUCCUGCUGGUGUGGCUGGUGGUGUUCUGCUGCAGGCUCAUGGCCCUGUGCGCCGCCGCCCUGCUCCCCACCUUCCACAUGUCCUCCUUCCUCGGCAACGCUCUCUACAACUCCUUCUACCUGACCGGGGGCUUCAUGAUCAGCUUGAGCAACCUGUGGACAGUGCCCGCCUGGAUCUCCAACGUGUCCUUCCUCCGAUGGUGUUUUGAAGGGCUGAUGCAGAUUCAUUUUAAAGGGCAAACUUACCACUUGGUAGUCGGCAACCUCACCUUCCCUAUCCCGGGAGACAAAAUCCUCACCAAUAUGCACCUGAACUCCUACCCGCUCUACGCCGUCUACUUCAUCCUCAUCGGCAUCAGUGCUGGCUUCGUGGCCCUGUACUAUGUGUCCUUAAAGUUCAUCAAACAGAAAUCAAGUCAAGACUGGUGAUUCACGCCCGACGCCUGCCCGCUGGUGAGGGACUCGAGCAGACCUUUCCACGGCACUCCCUUCCGCCCAAGAGCCCCUGCGGGCACAAGGAGGACAGUGAGCACAGCUGCUCAGCGACAUCCGGCCACGGUGCUGCAGUGGCACGAGCUGGCCACAGGAUGGCAGCAGAAUAAAGACAGUCGAAAGGGAUUUCUAAUCACUGGCCAGAGCCUAAGAUGACUGGGAGCAUGAAAACCAUACUUGAGGCACCUACAAUGUUGCUCAUUUAUUUCCUUUUGAUAUGUAUUUAUAGAGGCAACUCAAUACCGGAUGGGAGCAAAUAGGUAGCAAUCGAGUAACUAGGCCAUGCAAGAUUGUUUUCAAUUGUGUGUUCACUGCCCCAAGUCAAUUCUCCUUCCAUCACCCUUUAUCCGCCUUUCUCCCCUC